CUGUUAAUAAUUCCUUAUUUUGAAAGGUUCUCAUGUCCUGUUCCAGUGCUGUUAGCCAGCUGUAGCCCUGUAGCCAUAGCCAGGUGUCAGGAGCUACACUAAUUCCUGAAAGCCACUUAGACCAACAAAUUGAAAAGGUAGCAUACAGAUCACACUAGGCUGUACCUAGAUUGACUAGAAUUACAAAUACAACAGCAUGGAUCACACACACCACCUGAACCAAAGAAAUCACAUGAACCAGACAAAACUGUCUAGCUAGAUCAAGCAGCGUACGUGAUCGAGGUGCAAAGAUGGUAAUGCUAGUUGCCUCCCUCUUUAUGUGUCUGCUGGUUCCAUCGCUGACUGCAGCCGCGCCCUCGUCGUCGCCGACGACGGCCGUCCGGUGGCGCGAGCUCCAUGGCAACAACUCGUGGAACGGCCUCCUGGACCCGCUCGACAUCGACCUCCGCAAGUCCGUCAUCGCCUACGGUGAGCUCGCGCAGGCCGCGCAGGAUGGCUUCAACCACGAGCGGCGCUCCCCCCACGCCGGCGCGUGCCUGUACGGGCGCUCCGAUCUGCUCGCCGGCGUGGGCGUCGCCGCCGCGGGCAGCUACGCCGUCACCAAGUUCUUCUACGCCACGUCGGCGGUGCCCGUGCCGGAGUCGGUGCUUCUCCUGCCGCUGCCGGAGCUCGGGGACGCCGCGUGGUGCAGGGAGUCCAACUGGAUCGGGUACGUCGCCGUGGCCACCGACGAGGGCGUGGCCGAGCUAGGGCGGCGCGACAUCGUCGUGGCGUGGCGCGGGACCGUGACGGACCUGGAGUGGGCCAACGACUUCUCCUUCACGCCAGUGUCCGCCGCGCCGGUGCUGGGCUCCUCCGCCGCUGCGAACCCGUUGGCGAUGGUGCAUCAGGGGUUCCUCUCCGUGUACACGUCCAGCAACGCCAACUCCAAGUAUAACAAGGCCAGCGCCAGAGAUCAGGUGUUUGAGGAGGUGAGGAGGCUGAUGCAGUUGUACAAGGACGAGGAGACCAGCAUCACCAUCACCGGCCACAGCCUCGGCGCGGCGCUCGCCGUCCUCAACGCCGUCGACAUCGCCGCCAACGGCCUGAACGCCGCCUCCUCCCAGCCGCCGUGCCCGGUGACGGCCGUCGUGUUCGCGUGCCCGCACGUCGGCGACCGUUCCUUCAAGGCGGCCUUCGACUCGUUCGAGCACCUGAGGGCGCUCCACGUGAAGAACGCCGGCGACGUCGUGCCGAUUGUCCCGCCGGUCGUGUACGUGGACGUGGGCGUGCUGCUGGCCAUCGACACGGGCCGGUCGCCGUACCUGAAGAAGCCGGGCACGGUGCAGACGCUCCACAACCUCGAGUGCUACCUGCACGGCGUCGCCGGCGAGCAGGGCCGCGCCGGAGGGUUCAAACUGGAGGUGGACCGCGACGUGGCGCUGGUGAACAAGGGCGUCGACGCGCUCGAGGACGAGUACCCGGUGCCGGCGAAUUGGUGGGUGCCGAAGAACAAGUGGAUGGUCAGGGGCGCUGACGGCCACUGGAAACUCGAGGAUUUCAAGGAAAUCUAGUUAACCUUGCUUGCUUCUCAUGCACCAUACCUGGAGCUCCCAAAUCCACAAGUUGGAGUAAUUUCAUCCAGUUUUCAUAAACAUGUUGAAAAACGAAGCGCAAUUUGCAUGUAAUUCAAGU